UACUGGGCUGCUGGGCUGCCUGGCUGCUAAACUCCCUCCACCUUCACAACCCCCUUUCCUUUCAACGAUACCGUCAAGCUCCAUAUCAACGUACCAUCUUGAUACUUGCGUUCUCUACCUACCUUCCGAUAUUUAAGUUGUGUCGUGCUUGCAACCAUGUCGACUGAUCCGCUAGCACCGCCCUCUGUCCUGGGGAAGAUGGCAGAUGCUCUACCGACGCACGAGAAAGAAGACACCACGUCGGAUUUCAGCAGCUCCCUUGAGGCCAUUGCGCUCUUUACACAUGGCUGUAUGAUAUCACUUGGCUUCCGGCUUUUGGGAUUCAACGAGGAACGCAAGAUUGAAUCAGAAUGCGCCAGCUUAGCACCUCGCCUCCCCCGACAAUGGAAUGCGAACAUCAACAGCCACAGCUUCGUAUACGCACACCCGCAAUCGUCCAUGCAGUUCGUCAUAAAAGUCGACCGACUGGGGGGCAAAGCCGAGAUCCGCGGUCUCGCCGUCGGGGACGAGCGCAUCGUCCGCUUUGACAUCACCGCCCACGACUACAUCUCCUCGGCCGCGCUGCCACUGCGCAUCGCCAAGGCAGAAGGUGGUGCCGAGGACCGCAGCGACCUCCAGGAGAGGUUGAAGAAGGUCUUCAUCUCGGAGGAGCGCAUGAGAGAUCUCGCCAACCUCCUCAAAAUCAACAUCAUCCAGCGCCUCCUCCCCUCCCUCCAGAAAGAAGGCUACCAAGAGACCCCCGAAGACCGCGCCGCCCGCUCCCGCCCCGCCCACCAACCGCAAAUGCCCGACCCGCUCCCGCAGCCCGCCCAGCCGAACCCCUACCCCAUAAUCGACCCCCUAGCCGCCCCGCCCCCGCGCGCCCCCAUCCCGGCCGGCGACUUCCCGCCCCCCGGCUUCGAAGACGAGUACGAGAUCAACAGGCCGCCGAGGGGCGGCGUGUUCCCCCCGACCUUCCCCGGCGCGGGCGCGGGCGGAAGGCAGGGCAUCAUCUCCCCCUUCAACAUCGGGCACGACGACCUCAACCCGCCCGGCCUGGGCCCGCACGACCCGCUGCGCGGCUCCUUCGUCGGCGGCGGCGGCGGCGGUGGCGGCCUGCCGAGACCCGGUGGUGGCGGUUUCGGCGGCGGCGGAAUGCACCCCACGUUCGACGACCCGCUCUUCGGGGGCCCGCACGGCGGCAGCGGCGACGGUGGAGACGGGCAGUUCGACCCGCAGGCUCCGCCGGGCGCGAGGUGGGAUCCCGUUGGUCCCGGGGGUGCGCCGCGGUUCGGCGGAGGGAGGCCCGGGCGGGGGCCGUUUGGCAGUGGGGGCGGUGGUGGUGCGUUUGGCGGGGGGGAUAUCAUCUGAUUGAUGGGGGGGCGGGAAACUGCCACUUUUAGUUAGGUGCCCAUGGGGGGUACAUUUUUGUUUCUGCCCUUUUGACUUCGUUUUGGAAGUGUGCUCUUGCGUGGGCGCGAGGGAUGGGCUGGUGAUGAUGAUGAUGAUGACGACGAUGACCACGCAUUAUACAAAAUUGUAAGGAGUAUGUUAGGCAUUUUGUAGGGUUAGCCAAAGGGCCGUUCCUGUUGAAUGAGGUUGGGGUGGCAUUAUGAUCCCGUCUGCAUGUCUACACGCCUCUCCAUUAUAAUAAAUUCAAUCUCAAAUCAUCACCAA